GGCGCUGACCUGAGAUGACAAGAGGAGAGGUUUGACUGGCAGCUUGACUCCUUCAAUCAACCUGCUGCAGACUGGGUGCAGAGGAGCACGGAAUAAAAAAAGGACAGCAUUCUGUUUUAUAAGCAAAGGUGUCGUCUGACUUUGCAAUUUUAUUUUGUUCUUAUUUCAGGUUUUGAGCCUUGGCAGUAUUUUGCUUCUGCAUGAAGGGGCUUUAUGACAUGGCUGAUGUGAAGCAAUAAAUCAGAAGAAUCAACUGCUCUGUUUGCAGAGAGUGUUGCAACUGGAGGCCAUUUGAAAAUUCCAGAUAACGAGACUUUUGUUUGGCCAAGGGUAUUAAGGGUUUGAAGGUAUUUUCACUGCCACAAUGCCGACGAAGCCAAUGAAGCCUUGAUCAGGGUUAACUACGUUGAAGGAAAUGUUGGGAGUGGGUGGCACCGUAGUUUGUAUUCGUCAUGUUGGGAAGUCCAGAGGAAUCUACAGUUCAGCCUAUGCGCUGAGCAACCACUCUGCUCAGCAAUGCAGCGCCUGGGAUCUUUGCAGUGGAAACUCCGUCGAAACUCUGCCAGGUUCACACAAUUCGCAUAGGCCGGGACCCCUCCAGUUUGUCAGAAGCUACAGGGCCCAACCUCAGUCCUACCAGCUCACACUGCCGCAGAUCAACAGCAUCCUGAAAACCAACGAAUACAGCUUCAAAGUGUCAGAGUUUGAUGGCAGGAACAUCAGUUCAGUGCUGGGCUUCGACAGCAAUCAGUUAGCUUCCAAUGUCCCCAUCGAGGACAGGCGCAGUGCAGCCACCUGCCUGCAGAGCCGGGGCAUGCUGCUGGGGGUGUUUGAUGGACAUGCUGGCUGUGCCUGUGCUCAGGCAGUGAGUGAAAGGUUGAUGUAUUAUAUUGCUGUGUCCUUACUGCCACGCAAGACGUUAAUCGAGAUAGAAGACGCAGUCGAAAAUGAGCGACCGGUGUUGCCAAUUUUGCAAUGGCACAAGCACCCCAAUGAUUACGUGAGCAGGGAGGCAGGAAGGCUCUACUUCACCAGUUUAAGGACCUACUGGCAGGAACACAUUGACCUGGGGGGCGAAGAGGCGCUGGAUACCAGCGCUGCUUUGAAACGUGCCUUCAAACGAUUGGACAGCGACAUCUCACUGGAGGCUCAGAUCGGCGCCGGCAAUCCCUUCACCAAUUACGCGGCAGUCCGGGUAGCUCUGUCUGGGUCCACGGCUUGCGUCGCACACAUCAAUGGCACCGACUUGCACGUGGCAAACGUUGGCGACAGCAGGGCGGUACUGGGAGUCCAGAACCACGACGGCUCUUGGUCGGCCGUGACGCUGAGCGCUGAUCACAACGCACAGAACCCCGAUGAGGUGGAGAGGGUGCGGUCGGAGCAUCCCGCGUGGGAGGAGAAAACGGUCGUCCGGCACGAUCGCCUGCUGGGCCUCCUGAUGCCCUUCAGGGCAUUUGGGGAUGUGAAGUUCAAGUGGAGCACGGAGCUCCAGAAGCGGGUGCUGGAAAGCCGACCAGAGCUGCUGACAGGCGACGAAUUCUCGAAAAGCUUCCUGGCCAAUUACCAUACUCCGCCUUACCUCACUGCCGAACCCGAAGUCACUCAUCACAAGCUGCGGCCCCAAGACAAGUUUCUGAUCCUGGCCACCGACGGCUUAUGGGAUGUCAUGCACAGGCAAAAUGUGGUGCAGAUUGUAGGGGAGCACCUUACCAGCUUACACUUCCAGCAGCCCAUCUCUGCAGUGGGCUACAGGGUGACAGUGGGUCAGAUGCACAGUCUGCUGCUGGAGAGGAAAGCUCGUGUGUCCUCGGCUUUCAAAGACCAGAACUCAGCCACCCACUUGAUCCGCCAUGCACUGGGCAGCAACGAGUUUGGGAGUAUCGAGCACGGCCGCCUGUCGAGAAUGCUCAGCCUGCCCGAGGAGCUGGCCAGAAUGUAUAGGGAUGAUAUGACGGUGGUGGUGGUGCAGCUGAAUUCUCGCCUCAUCGGGGCAUAUGACAAAGCUGAAGCCAGCGUCGACUGAAAUCACGUUCCGAUUGGUACAGCAUUGGAAACUAAGACAAAUGCUACGAGGCAACAAAAAUCUUUUUGGCCGAGUGGUGAAAGAAUUCAAGAGAGGGCAACCCCCGCCAUCCCCGUUUGUCCUCACCACGUUGGGUUUUGAGUGGCUCAGAGCCAUGGUUUGUCUAACUUUGUUACACUUUCCAGCAAUUCAACCGUCUGAGCUUUCUGCACUCCUCUAAUUCUGGCCUCUUGCGCAUCCCCAAUUUUAAUCACUGCACUAUUGGCAGCCGUGCCUUCAGCCUCUUGGGCCCUGCGUUCUGGAAUUCAUUCCCUCAAUCUCUCCUGCUCUUUAGCUCUCCUCUUAAGACUCCCCAUAAAACCUACCACUUUGACCAAGCUAUCCGUCCCCUAUUCUAAUAUGUAGUUUGGUGUCAAAUGUUACUUGAUAAUGCUCCUGUGAGGCCCCUUAGGAUGUGGAAGGCACUGUAUAAACACAGGUUUUUGUUGCUUCUUUGGAAAUGUGAGUUGCUGUUAGAAUUCCUUUGUUGCCUUGGGAUCCCAUGUUGAUCGUUCCUUUACCAACUAAAAUUGAACCUUUUUUUUAUUGAUUCCUGGAAUGUGGACAUCACUGACAAGGCCAGCAUUUAUUGCCCAUCCUUAAUUGUCCUAUCUCUCCUGUUGUCUUGUGAAACAUAAUGACGAUUUAUUUUUUGGUGUAUAAGGGGGUUGACAUAGUAGGUAUAGAGAAACUAUUCCUUAUGGAGAGUGAGAUAGUUACCAGAGGACACAGAUUUAAUGUAAUUGGCCAAAAAAGCUAGUCAGUGAAGAGGAGGAGAAUUUUUAUUUUAUGCAGCAAGUUGUUAUUAUCUGGAAUGCACCGUGUGAAGUAGAUUCAGCAGUAACUUUCAAAAGAGCAUUGGAUAAAUCUUUAAAAGGGAAAUAUUUGCUGGGCUUUGGGAAGUAGGGAGUAUUGGUCACUGUCAUUAGGUCAAAAUCCUGGAACUCCCUCCCUAAUAGCACUGUGGGUUACCUACACCACAUGGACCGCAGCGGUUCAAGAAGGUGGCUCACCACCACCUUCUUAAGGACAAGCAGGGAUGGGCAGCGAUGCCACAUCCCAUGAACGAAUAAGAAAAGAAUUCUGGGGCAAAAGAAGGAAAAUUAUGUACUAUUGAAUGUGGUGCUUUCAUUCCAUUGAGAUAAAAUGAAUUUCUUACACAUUAAGUGCAUGGAAUUACAUAGACUCAAGCUGUCCAACAGGUCCAACGGGACUAUGCUGGUGCUUACUCCAUACGAGCCUCCUCCCACUCUACUUCAUCUCAUUCCACCUGCUUUUUCCUCCUUUUCUCCCUCAUGUUUAUCUAUUUUCCCCUUAAUUGCAUCUAUGCUGUUAACCUCAACUACUUGUGCAUGCGAGUUCCACAUUUAAAGCGCUUUCUGGAUCAAAUAAAUAGUCCUGGAUUCCU